GGCCCGACCGCUCUGGGCCUUGCUCCUCGCUCGCCCUCCGACUCCGCUCCCGCUGCGAGCGGCUGCCCUGCCCGCGCCCAGCGCCAACCCGCUGGGGUCCCCGCGCCGGACCCAGCAGCUCGGCUACCCGGGGCCGGACCGAGGCCUCAAGAAGCGCCGCGGGGUGUGGGGCGGACCCAGGAGAUGAAAUGACAACGUCAACCCUCCAGAAAGCCAUUGACCUGGUGACAAAAGCCACAGAAGAGGAUAAAGCCAAGAAUUACGAGGAGGCACUCCGGCUCUACCAGCAUGCCGUGGAGUAUUUCCUACACGCUAUCAAAUAUGAGGCACACAGCGACAAGGCCAAGGAGAGCAUUCGAGCCAAGUGCAUGCAGUACCUAGACCGAGCGGAGAAGCUGAAGGAUUAUUUACGAAACAAAGAGAAGCAUGGCAAGAAGCCAGUCAAAGAAAAUCAGAGUGAGAGCAAGGGCGAUAGUGACAGUGAAGGGGAUAAUCCAGAGAAAAAGAAACUGCAGGAACAACUGAUGGGUGCUGUUGUGAUGGAGAAGCCCAACAUUCGGUGGAAUGAUGUGGCCGGGCUCGAGGGGGCCAAGGAGGCCCUCAAAGAAGCUGUCAUUUUGCCAAUUAAAUUCCCACAUUUGUUCACAGGCAAGCGUACGCCUUGGCGAGGGAUACUGCUCUUUGGACCCCCUGGCACAGGCAAAUCCUACCUGGCCAAAGCGGUGGCGACAGAGGCCAACAACUCCACCUUCUUCUCUGUGUCCUCCUCAGACUUGAUGUCUAAGUGGUUGGGGGAGAGUGAGAAGCUAGUCAAGAACCUGUUUGAGCUGGCCAGGCAGCACAAGCCUUCCAUCAUCUUCAUCGAUGAGGUGGAUUCCCUCUGCGGGUCCCGCAAUGAGAAUGAGAGCGAAGCUGCUCGAAGGAUCAAAACGGAGUUCUUGGUCCAGAUGCAGGGGGUGGGGAAUAACAACGAUGGGACCCUGGUUCUCGGUGCCACAAACAUCCCGUGGGUGUUGGAUUCAGCCAUUAGAAGGAGGUUUGAAAAGCGGAUUUACAUCCCGCUGCCCGAGGAGGCUGCCCGUGCCCAGAUGUUCCGGUUGCAUCUGGGGAGCACCCCCCACAACCUCACUGAUGCCAACAUCCACGAGCUGGCCCGGAAGACGGAAGGCUACUCAGGCGCUGACAUCAGCAUCAUUGUGCGGGACUCCCUCAUGCAGCCUGUUCGAAAAGUACAGUCGGCAACACACUUCAAAAAGGUCUGUGGCCCUUCCCGCACCAACCCUAGCGUUAUGAUCGAUGACCUCCUGACCCCAUGUUCCCCAGGGGACCCAGAGGCCAUGGAGAUGACUUGGAUGGAUGUCCCUGGUGACAAACUCUUAGAGCCUGUGGUUUGCAUGUCGGACAUGCUCCGGUCUCUGGCUACCACUCGGCCCACCGUGAAUGCAGAGGACCUCCUGAAAGUGAAGAAAUUCUCAGAGGACUUUGGACAGGAGAGUUAAAAAUUUCUUCACUCGGUGAUGGUGAAGGUGGGAGGAAUUGAUUGGGGUAAAAAAAAUCCAUGGCACCCCCCAUGUCAGCAGCCAGACAGGGCCCCGGGGCUCAUCUUCACGUCACUCUGGCGUCCCCUCUGCUGUCUGGCCACCAGCCGGGGAGUGGGAAGGAAGGGCCUCCGGGGCCGCAGAGACACAGAAGCACAUUCGGCACUGGGUGGAAUACUGGUUCUUCCUACUUCUUCCUACUGGUUCUCCUCCUCUUCUGGAUGCUCAUCAACUCCUAGUCCUGCCCCUCCACGUUUUGUUUUGUUUUUUGAACCUUUCUUUGUUCCCCUAAAUUAAUGCUGCUUGGAUUUUUGUCUUCUUUAUAAAUAAAGUUAAAAUCUCCCAGAAGCGUCAAGGAGUAGGAGCAGCCCACACUGUGGGACUGGUGCAGACCGUCAGAAUGGCUUGCCAGCUCCCUCCGCCCUUUCCUUCUAACCCAAGUUUUACUCCUUGUGUACACAAUGGCGAAUGCCCUAGGUCGCCAGCCCAAGCCCUGCCUGUAAAGGUUGAGAGUAAAGCCAAGCCAUUCCCAACCCCUACGUCAGCAUCCCCGGCCCCGUGUCCUCCCUGCAGGAGGAGAGGAUGGUUUGUGUGAGCACAAAGCUAUGUAGAUCAGAAUGAGUGAGGGCAGUCAGGUAGGGUUUCACUGCUGCCUUCUCUUCCCUCUGAAUGUGAGAACGCUGAACCCAGCCACUGCCCCUGGCACCCCGCCCUGGAAAUGGGCUAAUAAAUCCUUUUCCCUCUUGA